CGGAGAGGCGGGGACAGCAGACAUGGUAGUGAGGGGGGCGGGGGGAGCCGGGGAUUCCGUGCUGCACUCAUUUACUAUACGGCUUAUCAUUCAUUGCCUGGCAGAGGAGAGGGGGGUGCAGCAUGCAGGCUGAGCACCUGGGGGACACUGUGUGGCCCUUGCUGACAGAUGUGAUGGGGACACUGUGUGUGGCGGUGUAGUGUGGCUCCUGGGGCGAGCUUGCUAGACGGACGACAGUGCUGUGUGAUCAGUGCCUUAGGAGAUCUCCUGUACACCCAGGAAGAGGGCUGAGGAGUCCGGUACACCCAGCCCCCCAACUGCUGAUCUUCAUCCUCCUACCCCCUUCCAUACGGCCUUCAUCUGACAUGUGACAGCUCCCGAGCCUCCGCAAUGUUCCGACAAAUCUGCAACCGCCUGUGCCCUGGAGAAGAGAACCGCGUGGGAACACGCACAGUGUACGUGGGACACAGGCCAGCUUUGGAAACAGAUUCUUACAUUGCACCAAAAUUCUGCGAUAACAGGAUUGUCUCAUCUAAGUACACUGUGUGGAACUUCAUUCCAAAAAACCUGUUUGAACAGUUCAGAAGAAUUGCGAACUUUUAUUUUCUUAUAAUCUUCUUAGUUCAGGCAAUUGUUGAUACACCAACAAGCCCAGUAACAAGUGGCCUUCCCCUUUUUUUUGUUAUCACAGUAACAGCUAUCAAACAGGGCUACGAAGACUGGUUAAGACACCGAGCUGACAAUGAGGUUAAUAAGAGCACAGUGUACAUCAUUGAGAACUGUAAGCGCGUCAAGAAAGAAAGUGAAAAAAUUAAGGUUGGGGACAUCGUAGAAGUGAAAGACGAUGAAACUUUCCCUUGUGACCUCAUCCUGCUGUCUUCCAGCUUCAGUGAUGGCACCUGUAGUGCUACCACAGCCAGUCUUGAUGGAGAGUCCAACUUCAAGACCUAUUGUGCUGUCCGGGAGACAUCCACUAUGUGUACAGCUGAAGCUGUUGAUGGUCUUACAGCCACCAUUGAAUGUGAACAACCCCAGCCUGACCUUUACAAAUUUGUUGGAAGAAUGAACAUAUACAAUAACCAGGAAGUUAUAGCAAGGUCUUUGGGACCAGAUAACUUGCUACUAAAAGGGGCAACUUUGAAAAAUACGCAGACAGUUUAUGGUGUUGCUGUAUAUACUGGCAUGGAGAGCAAAAUGGCUUUGAAUUAUCAAGGAAAAUCUCAGAAACGAUCAGCUGUUGAAAAGUCAAUAAAUGCUUUUUUAAUAGUCUAUUUGUUAAUCCUGCUCUCCAAAGCAUCAAUCUGUACUACUCUAAAGUACGUAUGGCAGAGUAAUCCUGCUAAUGAUGAGCCAUGGUACAAUGAGAAAACGCGCAAGGAGAAAGAGUCAUUCAAGCUCCUGAAGAUAUUCACAGAUUUCUUGUCCUUCAUGGUCCUAUUCAACUUCAUCAUCCCUGUUUCAAUGUAUGUUACUGUAGAAAUGCAGAAAUUCUUGGGAUCUUUCUUUAUUGCAUGGGAUAAGGAGAUGUAUGAUGAGGAAAUGAAGGAGGGAGCUUUGGUCAACACAUCUGACCUAAAUGAGGAACUUGGGCAGGUGGAGUAUGUUUUUACAGAUAAAACUGGGACUCUCACAGAAAACUCUAUGGAAUUUAUUGAAUGUUGCAUCGAUGGCUACAAAUACAAGGAAUCUGCAGACGUGACAGACGGCCCUGUGGGAACCUUUGGGGCAGCUUCUCGGGAUAGGGAGGAGCUGUUCCUGCGUGCUCUUUGCCUUUGCCACACUGUGAAGAUUAAAGAAGAAUCUCAAACAGAUGGCCCAAUUUCCAGCUCCGAAAAUAAAUGUGCUUACAUCUCCUCUUCUCCUGAUGAAAUUGCACUGGUGGCCGGAGCCAAAAAGCACGGGUUUACAUACAUGGGGACUGAAAAUGAUUUCAUGAAAGUAAUAAACAAAAAUAAUGAAAUGGAGCUCUACGAACUUCUACAUGUGCUGAACUUUGAUCCAGUCAGACGGCGCAUGAGUGUUCUUGUAAAAGCAAACACAGGACAGAUUUUCCUUUUCUGCAAAGGAGCCGAUUCUUCUGUGUUUAGCAGAGUGGCGCAUGAUGAGGUUGAGCGGGUUAAGGUACACGUGGAACAGAAUGCUUUGGAUGGAUAUCGUACUUUGUGUGUGGCUUUUAAAGAAUUUACUGAAGAGGAGUAUGACAAAAUUAACAAGCAGCUAACUGCGGCAAAAAUGGCUUUGUACAAUAGAGAAGAUGAACAGGCCAGAGUGUUUGAUGACAUAGAAGAUGGAAUGCACUUACUUGGAGCUACCGCAGUAGAAGACAGGCUCCAGGAGCAAGCAGCAGAAACAAUUGAAGCUCUUCAUGCAGCAGGAAUGAAAGUUUGGGUGUUGACAGGUGACAAAAUGGAGACUGCUAAAUCCACAUGCUAUGCUUCUAAACUGUUCCAGAAUAACACUGAAUUGCUGGUACUGACGACCAAAAUUCUAGAAGAGUGUGAAAGGAAAGAAGAACGCUUGCAGGAACUGCUCAAAGAGUAUAAUCGGAAACUGGUACAAGAGGCCCCAAAAGUUAAAGGAAGUAUUAAAAGGAGCUGGUCAGGAAACCAAGAUUAUGGCUUGAUAAUUGAUGGUUCCACUCUGUCCCUUAUACUGAAUUCCAACUGUAGCUCCAGCCAUUAUAAGAACAUGUUUCUGCAGAUAUGCCAGAAGUGUACUGCAGUCCUAUGCUGCCGUAUGGCACCAUUACAAAAAGCACAGAUUGUAAAAAUGGUAAAAAAUACCAAAGGAAACCCCAUCACGUUGUCUGUGGGAGAUGGAGCAAAUGAUGUUAGCAUGAUUUUAGAAGCACAUGUUGGAAUAGGCAUUAAAGGAAAAGAAGGCCGCCAAGCCGCAAGAAACAGUGAUUAUGCUGUGCCAAAAUUUAAGCACUUAAAAAAACUUAUUUUAGCUCAUGGGCACUUGUAUUAUGUGAGAAUAGCUCACCUUGUGCAGUAUUUCUUUUAUAAGAACUUGUGCUUCAUUCUGCCCCAGUUUUUGUAUCAGUUCUUUUGUGGAUUUUCUCAGCAGCCACUAUAUGAUGCUGCUUACCUGACCAUGUACAACAUCUGUUUCACAUCUCUUCCAAUCCUGGCCUACAGUCUGCUGGAACAGCACAUCAGUACUGACACUCUGAUGGCAAACCCUAAAUUAUAUAUGAGAAAUUCUGACAAUGCAAUGUUACAAUGGUUGCCAUUCCUAUACUGGACUUUGCUGGGGGCUUUUGAAGGACUAGUUUUCUUCUUUGGUGUUUACCUGCUAUUCCAGAACCCAUCACUGGAAGGCAAUGGGCAGGUGUAUGGAAACUGGUCUUUUGGAACAAUCAUUUUCACUACAUUAGUGUUUACCGUUACAUUAAAGCUUGCAUUAGAUACUCGAUACUGGACCUGGAUGAACCAUUUGGUCAUAUGGGGCUCCCUGGCUUUUUAUGUAAUUUUUUCCAUAUUUUGGGGAGGUAUCAUUUGGCCUUUCCUCAAGCAGCAACGAAUGUACUUUAUAUUUUCCAACAUGAUGACAUCGGUGUCAGUUUGGCUUGCUAUAAUUCUUUUGAUUUUUGUCAGCUUGUAUCCAGAAAUCUUGCUGAUAAUUUUGAAAAAUAUUAGGACUGCAAGCAACAAGAAGUUGGAGUUUCAGUUACCAAAGCUAACUUCCUACAAAUACAUGGAGAAUGGUUACUUCUCUCCAGUGAGGAUUGAAGAAUACAAACUAAGCCCCUAUUUGUCUUCUUGAGACCUUGAACGUUAACACUCAUUACACUGUGCAAGUCCAUCCACUAACAGCUUACAAUGCAAAAUGUACACUGGAAGCGUGAUAAAUCUCUUCUAGAUAAAUCUUUAUAAUUCGUUAAAUUGUUGUCAGUGUUCAGAACAAAAACACAGAAAGUAGAAGUAUUGAACUUUCAGCCAGUAUCGCAAAGAACAUCAGAGAAGCCUACAAUGAAAGGUUUCUACAUAAGAGAGCCCGGAAAAACACCUACAGAAUUGUAAUAUUUCUCUUGUUACAAGGACUUCUGAUCAUUAAGGCAGUGCUGCUAUUUUCCCCAGUAUUUCCUGCCAAAAUCUCUGGUGCAUGUGCUGUACAUAAAAACUUUCCUUUAUGCAAAAUAUGAACAUUCCUUGACAUUAAAGACAUGUAUGUUCUCAAUAUUUUAA